AUGUCUAAAUGGCAGCAACCCUCUCCAAGCCACCCAACCACUCAUUAUAGUGAUCCAGAGAGGGAUUUUGACAGCGUCAUCAAAACCUUGCAAAAAGGAGUCAGAAAUAGUAAGCCUGACAGGGGCCGAUAUAACAAAGCCGUCGUUCUUGGUCUACGCUGUAGCAAUGACGACCUAGAUUUGGCCAAACCUCAAGCUACGCUUCUGAAGACAUUUCGGACACGAUAUGGAUUUGAGAUGGCUACUUUGCUUACCCCCUCAAUAUCUUGGGAGGAGGCAUUGAAUGCGAUAUAUGAGACAACUUUCGAACUUCGUCAGAAAUAUGACAUGGACAGUAGAAACACCUGGCUCCAGAGCACGUUGUUCGUAAUACACUAUAUUGGCCAUGGGGUAUGUAAAACAGAACAGAAGUUUGAAAUCUGGUAA